CAGCAUCUCACAACAGGCAAGAGCUCAUCCAUCUCCAGUUAAUCAGGAGAAACUACAAUGGCUCCUCUGAGAACUUCAUCCGUGUUCCAGUCACUGCUGCUGCUGCUGAGUCUGGUGGCUAUCGUGAAGGCGGGAAUAGUAAUCCCACAAAAUCCGGAAUGCCCGACCACUGGGGACAAGAACUUCCCUCAGAAUGUGAAGAUCAACCUAAACAUCCUUAACCGGAAAACGAAUUCCAGAAGGGCCUCAGAUUACCACAACCGCUCCACCUCCCCUUGGAAUCUCCACCGCAACGAGGACCCUGAGAGAUACCCCUCUGUGAUCUGGGAGGCGAAGUGCCGCCACCUGGGCUGUGUCAACGCCGAAGGGAAGGUAGACUUCCACAUGAACUCCGUCCCCAUCCAGCAAGAGAUCCUGGUCCUGCGCAGGGAAUCUCAGAACUGCCCCCACUCCUUCCAGCUGGAGAAGAUGCUGGUGGCCGUGGGCUGCACCUGCGUCACCCCCAUUGUCCGCCACAUGGGUUAAGAGCUUCGGGUCUGACCCCAGCUCCCCAAAGCAGUUAGGCUUUCUGGGGAGUAGACCCAGCCCCAUUUCUGACCAAACUCAGUGGGC